UACGUGCGCAUCGUUUGACACGCAGAAUCUUAGCCCGUUGGAUUUUCGUCAAUCUCCGUAUAACUUGUUGUGUUUUGCCUUCUUAUACGAGAAAAACCUAUCCCCCUAAGGAUACUUCAGUAUUCUGUAUAUUCUCUCAGUCUAGAACGAUUUUGUUUUUGUUUUGGAGUGUAGCAUGUGGCGUGUGGGUUGUUGAAUUGACCUCCUCGUCAUCAUCAUCAACCAUCGGUGGCGCAAUGACACUAGCAACCCGACUGCAAGGACUAUACACAUAAAACGCACGGAUUCGAUUUCGAUACAGCUUUUGGGAAUAAGAUACGCUACUUCGAAUCGAGUAUCUUUUUGGUGAUUUUCUUCCCGAAUUUCCGAGCUUCGGAUUUUUGUUUCUUUAUCUUCAAGGGAAAUAUUCUCUUCCUUGUUUGUGUUCUUGCUCUUUUACUCUUCGAAAACCCUUCAUAAUAACAAAUACCUACUUGUGGAGGAAAUUGAUAUCCUUUUAGCCGUGUUCAUUCAAAUUCAGCAACAAAACAAAAGUUUUAUAAAAAUAUCAACCACACUUAAAAUAAACAAAACCUUCGGCCUAUAGUGAUUCAUAUCUCAGUGCAGUGGAGAGUUCUUCGACAAAAGUGUCCCUUUUAAUGGAUAUUUGAAAAUAAAAGUGAAGCAAAACAACAAUAUUCUGACAUUGACAAGGAUAUUAUCCCCCCCAAAAAAAAGUGUUAGAAAUGGUGUAUUUUUAAAAGUAGAGUAACAAAAAAAAACAAAACAUAACCAGAACGGAAACGCGAAGUUCAACACCGUAGACCGUAUUAGUACCUACAAUAAAAUUAUUGCACCCGGUGUUCGGGGACCGUGUGUUGUUCAAAAAUAACUGACUCCGUUGAAAUUUGAAAAAUUAAAUGCAUAUUUUAAAUGAAACACAAAGUGUUGUGAUGACGAAUCACUGUUAUUUGUCAAUCAUUGUGAUCCAGUUGUAGUGAGACAAAGUUUAAAGCUUCUGAUGACAAGAAUAGGAUAUUUUGUUUGUUUAUAACAUUCAAGGAUAUAAACAAAAGGAGAUUUUCUGUCGGCGGCGGCGAAAGGAGCUUAUUUAGUUAAUAGUGUAGAUUUAUUAUCCCCCCAAAAAAGAGCUAGUGUAAAUAGCAUUAUUAUUUUUUAUACACACUUAUACACAUAUAAAUAUGGCAGCAUAUGCGCAGUUCGGAUAUGGAUAUCCGUCGGCAAGUCAGCUUCUGGUAGGCAGUGGACAAUCAACAACUGCAGCCUCGAGUGCCCAAUCACCAAUAUCAGGUGCAAAUGCACCAUCACUUAGUCCAUCUGGCGGUUCAGGAACUGGUGUACCGACUGGUGCUUUAAGUCCUGGCGGAAUUUCGCAAACAUCAAACGCAGCACCCGGCACCGGUUCAUGCUGUGAGAAUGGCAGACCAAUUAUGACAGAUCCUGUAUCAGGACAAACGGUGUGUUCGUGCCAAUACGAUUCUGCGCGUUUGGCGUUAUCUAGCUAUUCAAGGAUACAAACAGCGGGUGUUGGCGUCUAUGGGACACCGUAUCCGUCAACCGAUCAGAAUCCUUAUCCAAGUAUUGGUGUGGAUAGUUCUGCGUUCUAUUCACCUCUUAGUAACCCUUAUGCCUUGAAGGAGAGUGGUCCUGGGUCUGAUAUGAGUGCGUGGACAUCGGCUGGCUUACAGCCGACAACCGGAUAUUAUCCUUAUGACCCAACACUAGCUGCGUACGGUUAUGGCGCCGGUUAUGAUUUAGCGGCACGGCGGAAGAAUGCAACGCGUGAAUCAACGGCUACCCUAAAGGCCUGGCUAAACGAGCACAAAAAGAAUCCAUACCCGACUAAGGGUGAAAAGAUCAUGUUAGCGAUAAUUACAAAAAUGACCUUAACGCAAGUAUCGACGUGGUUUGCAAAUGCCCGCCGGCGACUGAAAAAAGAGAACAAAAUGACUUGGGAGCCAAAAAAUAAAACCGACGACGAUGAUGACGCUAUGGUGUCUGAUGACGAAAAGGACAAGGACGAUAUUGAUGCUGAUAAAAAUCGUGACCAUAAAGAUUCAAUGCACCAUGUGAAGUCUGAGCAUGAAAAGGACGACGAUGAUGACGACCUAACCGACGACGAUAGGAAGCCUGAAAAUCUGGGAAUAGUUGGAGGGCAUGUUGGCCAUCAUAUGAAUGCCCAUCACCACCAUCACCCGGCGUAUCAGCAUCACCAUGCCAUGUUAGGUGGUUACCCCGGCAUCAAAGACGAAAUGAGUGGUCCAAAAAACCAGAUAAGCAGCGACUGUGGGGUCCCGAUUCCAGCAACCAAGCCCAAAAUUUGGAGUCUGGCAGACACAGCCGCUUGCAAAACACCACCACCUUCGGCGUUUCUAGGACACCAGCUACACCAUCACCAGCAACUGCAACAGCAACAGCAGCAACAACAACAUCAGCAGCAUCACCAGCAGCAGCAGCAACACCAUCAGCAGCAGCAGCAUCAAAUGCAGCAGGCUUGGAUGGAAAACUAUCAACAACAGCAACAGCAGCAUCAAUCUCAACAUCACCAUUUGCACAACACCACCACCCAGCAACAGGCGGAGCAUGCUCAGCAGCUCAGUACCAAUCCGAGUGGUGGAAACGGUACGCGAAUGAUAAAUAUGCAAGCUCCUAUGAACAAUAUGGCAGCUGGUAUGACACAACAGCAGCAACAACAGAUGCAGCUUCAGCAGGGCACACAGUUGCAGCAGCAACAGCAGCAGCAGCAGCAACAGCAACACCAUCAAAUGAAUCCGAUGAACAAUUUCGGAAGUUCGCCUUAUACUCGGGGGUACGGGGGGUUUCUAGGGGUUACGGCGGGUGCCCAACAGGGGGCAUAUCCUACGAACAAUAUGACAAAUACACAUCUUCAAAGUACGCCUACCACCCCUACUACAGCGGCUAUUCCGGGGAAUACGAGCGUAAAUCCUACGCAGCUCCAACAGCAGCAGCAGCAGCAACUAUCCCCACAACAACACCACCAACAGCAGCAAUCGAACCAGAUGGGGUUUCCCGAUGUCCAAACCGAUACGCCGCCCCAAACUCCACCGAAUAUGAAACUGCCGAGCGUGGCGGGGAGCCUUCUUACCGGUUCAACAACCCCUACGACAGGUACCUGCUACAAUAAUUCAGCAGUAGGCGUCGUUGGAUCGACCAACAAUUCUUCCAACAGUAACAAUAGCUACAUCGGUGACUCGUCGCCAAACAGCAACAGCAGCAGUAGCAACAGCAGCUACGUUGGCAGCUUUACCCGCCUACAAGAUCAUUCGCCCGGCAAAGACUACACCCAACAAAUGAUGGACAGCCCUCAUAAUCACCAUCACAGUCAUCAAGACAGUGUUGCAGCAGCUUUUAAGCCGUUUUUCAAGAGUCAGCAAAUCUCUACAGGAUUUGUGUCACCGGUUUAGGCAGUGUCAUCGUAAUCGUCAUCGUCAUUGUCAUCGUCAUCGUCGUCGCCCAGUUACAAUCAGGGCUCUACCUUCUAGAACUCUCGCGCAGCAUUAUGAACUCUCGACGCGCUUCAAGAUUACAAUUACCAGCAACACAGCUACUACCGCUACAACUAGCCACCGGAUAUGUGGGCUAAAUUAAUUCCAGUGACAUUAGUAUACGAUAUCAAAAAUAAAUAUCCUGUCAGAUGAAAAAAAAUAGUUAUUAAAUUAAAUUUUCUUUGUCGAAGAGCUUUAUUCAAAUGCAAAAUAAAAAUACAAACAAAAAAAAACUAAACAACCACAUAAACAAAAAUAAAAAAACACAAAUAACAAACACGUUUUAUAUGGGCAAAGUGCAACUAACAAAAAAUGAUGAAGACUUAUUGCAAUAUAAUAUCAGAAAACGUGCAUAAAAUAUUUUAUUUUUAGUUUCCCCUUACCUUUCUAUAUAUAUAAAUAAAUAUUUAUAGAAAUUUAAAAAAAUAGCAGCUUAAGCAAUUUGUUUAAUUCACACACACACAUAUAUAUUAAUUAACAGAAACAAAAAAAAAACUAAAAACAUUUUUAAAAUAUUUAUAAAACAACAAAAAAUUUACUUAAAUAUAUAUAAGUAUUUUAUUCUUCUUCUU